AGCCCGAGCAGCUCGAAGCUCGGCUUCGGCUGGGCUCGGCUACAACCCUAGGCUUUGUUCCGCCGAAAACAAUCGCUGUGGUGGAGUUCGUCGGCAGGCAACAAAGAUCGUAUAGAACUGCCGGAAACCCCGAGGCGGAGGCAGAGGCACGACGUCUUCGGAGAGGUCGAUCUGCCAGAGACGGCGGGAAGGGAGUAAUGAACUGGCUUCGUCGUGUAUGUCGGCCGCUGCCGCGGACUCUGUUCUCCAGAUCGAGCCUUCGUCAUCCGUGUUCCGUAGGCCGCCGUGGUAACUGCGCUCUGAUUGUAGGAGCCUUCUUGAUCGGAAGUCGUGGGAGAAGGAGCGGUUUUGCGCCUCACCUCAGUGGAUUCCCGUCGGUCUCGUAUUCUACAGGAUUGGUUUCUGUUGAACAAGAAAAUGCGAUUAAGGCUUUGGAACUCUUUAUUUCUACCGAGAAGGAUGAGUCAAUUUCAGUUAAGGAAAUCUGUACUAUUUAUAUUGAGAAACUCUGUAGAUCAGGCAAUCUGUCAGAUGGUGCUUAUUUGUUAAGACAUUUGCACAGUAGAGACAUCAAUGUGUGUCUGAAUACCUAUAACAUUCUUCUUACGGCAAUAGUUGAAUCAAAUAAUUUCAGUCUUUUCUCCGAGGUCUUCAAGAGUUUGCUAAUAUCUAAUCUGCCUCCUGAUAUUACCUCGUAUAACAAAGUUGCAGAGGCUUUUCAGAAAGUGGCUGAUUCAGAUCUGGUAGUCAACUUCGUCAAAGAUGUGUGUGACAUUACAUUUGGUAAAGAUCCUACUGUCAUAAACAGGAUCAUUUUCGUGAUCGCCAAAUUUGGGCAGAUUGACAAAUGCUUGAUGAUAUUUCAAAUGUUGAAGAAUCUGGAUUCAAAAGUGGACACGGUUACAUUUAAUACAGUUUUAGCGAUAUUGGGCAAAGCAGGUCGAAUAAAUGAGAUGAUGGCUGAAUUUAUGGUUAUGAAAGAUCUUGGGCAUAUUCCUGAUAUGAUUACUUAUAGCACCUUAAUCAACUGUCUGCGGAGGCUUGGUAGGCUUGAUCUUUGCAAGACCAUUGCAACUGAAAUGCUUGAGCAAGGAUUUGAGAUGGACUUGCUUACUUACACUGCCCUAGUUGAUGUAUAUGGACGGGCAGGGCAUGUUGAAGAUGCAGUUGGGACAUUUGAAGAGAUGAAGAAAUCUCAACAUCCUUCUGUUUAUGCCUAUCGUUCAGUUAUCAGUGACUUGAAAAGGGCAGGAAAAUUUGAAUUAGCACUACGUUUAUCUGCAGAAAUGAACUCGAGCACUACAAAGCUUGCUGGUCCUGAAGAUUUUAAACAGAAAAGAAAGAGCAGAUGGAAGAUUAAGCAAGUUGGUUAAGGUCUCGCUUAUGGUUUUCUCUUUGAAGUUCUAUUUUUGCUGUUUCAAAGUUGAUGAUUGAAAAAGUCAUUAGUUCUUGGGUGGUAUCUUUUAGCAACUGAGUUUUCUUCUUCAAUGCAAAAUACACAAAAUAAAGCAAUUCUCUUAUUGGAAAAUUUACUGAGAGGAAAGACACAGAUACCAUACCGGAAAAAUGAUCUCACUAGCAAGCACAAACUUCUGCUACUCUUUCAAGAAUCUUCUUGUGGGAUCUGAACACUCAUGAAGAAAAUGUUUUGGCCUAUGGAUGCCCUCUAGAAAAUAUUAUGGGUUGACUUAUGGACAAAUAUGAGCUCACCAGGUGCAUUGUGGACUGUAUUAGUGAAUUGGAGUUUGUUUGGCAUGUAACAUGAUGGUGUAUCUUAGCCAAUCUCUUGUUGAUAAGAUUGAAAGCAAGAUUUCAUCCUAAUCUUCUACA